AUGAAAUAUGAAACAGAAGAAAAUAGUAACUCAAUAAACCCAAAUCAAACAGCGAUCAAAGCUGUUCAAGGUAGAACAGAUAGCUCAUCUGGAGUAAAAGGUUAUUUUAAUUUCGAUGUUGUACGCCAAUAUGACAAUGUUGAAAUAGGUCGGAUAAAAUUAUUUUUUGAUGUUCCAUAUGAUACAAUCAGAUAUUCAAGAUCUACAAACUUUGAAAUAAAUAAUUAUGAUGAUACUACUAUCACAAUUGAAAAAGUUGUAGAAUGGGGGACAAAUGGAUAUUCAGAAAAUAAAUGUAAAUUUAUCAUAACCUACAAUACUCCAAAAGAUUUAGUUGAUACAAGUCUAUAUUCUCUUAAUUGUAUUUUUGAAAUAUAUAAUAGAUCAGAUGAAAUUUUAUUAAAAUCAAAUAAAAAUUACGUUAAACGUGGAGAAUUGAUAUAUGAAAAUAAAGAAGAUCAAUAUAUUGGUUCAAAUGAAGUAUUGAAUAAAAAGGUUCAAGGUAGAUUUGAUAGUAUUUCUGGAAUAGAAGGUUAUUUUGAUUUAGAUGUUUUACGACAUAGUGAUAAUGUUGAAAUAGGUCAGAUAAAAUUAACCUUUAAGAUUCCAUAUGAUACAAAUAGAGAUUUGAGAUCUACAGACUUUCAAAUAAAUGAUUAUGCAUCAAAUCUGAAAAUACAAAAAAAAAUGAAUCAAUACAUUAUUCCAAAUUAUCAUACUUAUUGCAAUUAUUUAACAGAAAAUCCUCAAGGUAAUCUAUCAAAGAAACCUCGUUAUUAUGUAAAAUUAGCAUGUACCAAUUGUCGAAUUAAAAAAGAGAGAUGUUCAGGUGAAGAAAGAUGUAUGAAUUGUAAACGACAUAAUCGUAAAUGUGAAUAUAUCAAAUCAACCAAGAAAAGGGGUCCUAAACCUAAACCCGUCACUACUCCUGCGAUAGCAAAUUUGUUAAACCCAACUAUUUAA